AUGCAACAAUUCUCAAACGAUUCUGGUUCCUGGAAUUUAAUUGUUGUUCCACCUUCAUCAUCUUUACUCUAUAAUUCAAAUACCUAUGAAUCCAUGCCACAUAAUACUACAACAGGAAAUGAUAUAAAUAAUUUAAUUUUACCAAUAUCAUCUUUAGUAAACUCACAACCGACAACAAAUGAAACAAAUUCUGCUAAUUAUUGGGCAUUAACACUUAUAAUUUUUCCUUUAUUUACUAUUGUUGGUAAUGUACUUGUUGUUGUUAGUGUUUAUCGGGAAAAAUCAUUACAUACUGUAACAAAUUAUUUUGUCGUAUCACUUGCUAUAUCCGAUAUAACUGUUGCUGCUGUUGUCAUGCCAUUUGCUAUUUAUCUUGAAGUUGCCAUUGCAGUCGAUCGUUAUAUAGCAGUAACAAAACCGCUUAAAUAUGCUCGACAUAAAAGCCCUAGACGUGUUGCUAUCAUGAUUGUUAUUGUAUGGUUAACAUCAUUUUGUAUUGCUCUUCCUAUUGUUAGUGGUGUGAAUAAAUCUGAUGUUGCUGAUUAUCCUCGAGUACCUGAACAAUGCGCAUUUUUUAAUAAUAAAUUUCUUAUUUUUUCAUCCCUUGGUUCAUUUUUCAUUCCAUGUAUUAUUAUAUUUGCCAUUUAUUAUCGUAUAUUUAUGGUUAUUAUGGGACAAGCAAGAAAAAAUCGUAAACAAUUUCGACCAAAAACUGUUAUUGAAUCAGCUGCAGCACAACAGCGUACAAAUGCUGAUCAUCUUAUAACAUCAUAUUUUCAAGAACGACCAUCAACUAUAGUCCAAACAUCAAUAACAUCACCUGUUGAUUUAAAUGAAACAUCACCAAUAAAUAUGAAUAAUUCAUUAGAAUCUCAGCGUAAUAGUUUAAUGUUAAAAUUAACUACACCUGUUUUAUCACCCGGAUUAUGUCCUUUAAUGAAUACACUAUCAUUAUCUAGUGAACAAAAUGAUGAUGAUGAACGUGAUGAUAUUUCUUUAUUUAUUCAACAUGAAGAAACUAAUGGAAAUAAUAAAAAUCAACAUGCAAAGCAAAUUGAAAAUAUUUCAACAAAUAUUAUUCAUUUUAAAACAAAAAAUCGUAGUUCACAAACAGAUAUGGAUAAUCAUUGUCAUUAUCCAGCUAAACGUGUUAAAACACGUUUAAAAGCUAAAAUUAAUUCCGAUGGUUCAGCUAUACCAACAACAGUUAUAACAUCAACAAGUAAUGUUCGAGUUGCUAAACGUAAAGCUUAUUCACGCAUGAAAAAAGAACGUAAAGCAACACAAACACUUAUUAUUGUUCUAAAAUCUUCAAAAGUAAGAAAAGCUUAUUCAUGUCGAGAUGAAAAUCCAAUAAUUUCACCCUCAAAAUUUCUAUGA